GGGAGGAGGGGGGGAGAACUCUGUGUGUGUGUGUAAGGGAGAGAGGGAGUGUGUCUGCGUGUGUAAGACAGAGACGAAAAAGAGGGAGUGAGAACAGCAAGAAGGAGAGAAGAUGUUGGUGUGUGCGACAGAGGGACUUCUAAAGAACCAGCAGGUUGUGUGUAGCUUCAGUGAUUCUGCUGUGCCUGGACAGUAAGCUCUGGGCAUAGCAACAGCAAAGUGAUGCACAGAAAAGGUGCCAUGUGUGAUUGGCCAGCAUACCCUGUGGCAGUGGCAUCGCCCUGGAUUUGGCGAGAAGCUCUCCCCCCUGCUUGUUCUCUGGGGCUCCUUUGGGAAGCUUUCAUGGGAUUUAUCUUGUCCUGCUGGAUGGCACGGAGCUCUCUGCCUCUCUGAAAAGAGUCCACAGAGAAAACAUACAUUACACGGAUAAGAAGUAAAAUAAUUAUCCAAUCACAGCACAAGCAGGCAGACCGGGUUCCCUUAGCAACAACUGAAGGAGACGAGAGAAUCCUUUUCUCUUUCUGCUCCUUUGGUUUUUGGGCACACCCCUGUGGACUGCUGUGGGUCAGUCUUUUGCAAGAGGACUUCAAAAACAUUUUUACAUAAGACAAGCUAUCUCCGAAAUUCCAGAGGAAGGUGCUCAUUUGCCUUCAAGUCAGCUUGUUACUGUGUCUCAUUGGCACAAUGAGUUUUUUGUUAUGCCUCCACAAAUUCGCAUCGAAAGUCACACUGCACUGGCUUAGAAAUCAAUUCAUUUUGAUCCCACGCCACCUGGAAUGAGCCCUGCAUUUUGGGGGAGAUUUGACACUGUGUGAAAAGACCCACUCUUACAUUUCUCCCUGUCAUGGACAAGAAAUGAAGGACAACAUGAUUAGGUCAUCAACUGCAAAGAAAAUGGAUGAGAAGCAGAGUUUAUUUUGAUGUGAGUUUCUACUGAGAGUCUUUUUUCCUCGGAGGAGGUUACACUGCACUUGACAGAGGAAUAUUCCCUUUUUUAAACAGGAGCUGUCCUUUCUGUCUUUUAAACAGUAGCCCUCAGUAAUGGACUAUUUUUAGAAGGCAAAUCUUGGCCCGCUACCAAUAAAAUCGAACACGAUCAUUUUGAGAAUCGAGCCACUGCUGGGAGUUUUAUUUUUCUAUUUCAAAAAGGUUAUCGUGAACCCUUUCCCUGUUUUCACUUUUGUAUGUUAGCCUGCCAUUAUGCCACUGUGUUUUACACGUAAAAAAGAGUGUUCAGGACAAAUGGAAGAAAGAAAAAGUCUUUUCCCUGUAUAGACAGGCAUUUUAAAUAGCAUCUCCUUGAGAACAAUUUCAAAUAUAUACACUGACACAUGAGAUGAGUUGGCUCAACAUGAUUAUGUAAGAGUUUCAUACCAGCUUUAGCCCAUGAAUUUUCCCUCUUCUUUUUCGAUGGAUUUACAGCAUUUGACUUUUCCCAUGCUCCUUUUCUCUUCAUUUUUGGAAGUGUCUUCAAGAAGGCAUGGAUGCCAGAGUGUGACCCUGUGCCGAGAGUGCUGGCGAGGCAAGGUGUUUUGGCUGCCGAGGUGCUUUUAAGAUGUUGAGGUCUCCCUGCGUGGCCGGGGCCCCUGUUCGGAUCAGUAGCACUGAGGCUCCUUGUAGCCAAAGACAUGGACCCCGACUCGGCUCCCCCACGCCCUCAGCCUGUUGGCCACUGGCUCCACGUCACCCUGUAAAGGAUGUCCCUCAGCAGAGCUCCGGCCCGGGACACCUCUGAGACCCCCAGCCCGAGAGAACGCAUCCGCAGCCACAUGAAGAUGGUGAUUGAUCAGCUGGAAGGAAUUCUCAAAGAGCUCAAGGAUGUGGCCAAGGAACUCCGGGAGGUGGUGGGUCAAAUCGAUAAACUAACGUCUGACUUUGACUUUGACCUGGAGCCAGAUGACUGGACCGUGGCCACAGCCAGCAGCACGUCCAGCAGUGAGCGGGGCUUGGGAGAGGCCUUCCGAUUGGACUUCCUCAAUGCAGAUGUCCUUUCUGACAGCUGGGAGUUCUGCAGUUAUCUGGAGGCUGCUGCAGGAGCUGGGUCGUGGGACCAACCUCACCCAAACACAAACCCCCACCCCACCCCCACCACUGCGUCUGUCUACUCUCAGAUGAAUGGCGGGCUGCCCAUCCCCAAUGGGCCACGCAUUAUUACUCCAGAUUCAUCGAGCGAGGAGGCCAGCAGCUCCACGCACAGCCACAAGACUUCCCGUACCUCUGGCACAAGAGAAAGAGUCCGCUUCAGUGACAAAAUUCUGUACCAUGCAUUGUGCUGUGACGAUGAUGAAGAGGAGGAGCAAGAGGAGUUACAAGAGGAUAAGAGUGGCUGUGCUACACCAGAUAGCGAUACUGAGCCCAGCCUCCUGGCCAGCUCAGUUGCCCCCAAACGUUCUUCCUCUGAGCACUCACUCCUCCAUAACUGUCUGGACCCUUCUUAUGUCUCCUCACCUGUGAAGGGGACGACAGGAGCUCACACACUACCCAGGAAAGGUCUCUUAAACCCCGGCUGCCGCAAAAAACUGUUACGAAAUAGCAGCACACAAACUGUCUCUGACAAGAGCACCCAAACUGUACUGCCCUAUAUUCCAACCAAACAGAAAACAAAGGACCACUGAGAAAGCCCGAAGUUUAUCGUAAAAUCUCAUGAAGGACUGUGCAUUAUUUAAUAUUAAAUACAUAGCUCAUAGAUUAAUACACAAAUAAAUUAAUUACUAAAUAAAUAAAUGAUAUAUGGGAAAUCACUUGACUACAUAAAGUCAUUCUGAGGCUCAGGGAAAACACGAUGAAUUGAAGUCAAACAGAUCAAAAGGGUGAAAAGUUAGAGGCAGACCAAAAGGUUCUAAUUUUAAAACAUACUGAGUGGACUCACCAUGUUGGAUUAUUUCAAAUGAUUUCAGAGAUUUAAAAAAAACAAUCAUUUUUACCAGAACAUUUAAGUGCUCAAAAUCACAAGAAUAAAAAUAUGAAAAGUUUAUUUUCUACUCCUCACACCACAGUAUAACUUAAAAAUUGCUAUAAUGUGGAUACAGAAGGUUGCUCAAUCUGUACUCUGAAUCUGUAUAAACACUGUCUUUUUUCAUGUUCCAGGAUUUUAAAUGUUAAUGGGAUGGUUGCUUCCAGCGGGGAUAUGUAUCUAGAUGCACAUGUCAAGCCUCUUCUUCUCACUGAUGUCAACAAAUGAUUCUGAGUGAAGAGCCGGAGAACAACACUAUUUAUCUGCCCUUGAUUUUAUAAACACCAAAUUUGGAGCUCUUCUCGGUCUGCUGGAGAAGCUGCAACACAUAACAUAAAACUGACAGAAAGGGGGGGGGGAAAGAAAAGAAAAACAGAUAUAUACAUUGUCAUUUCAGAAGGUGCAGUUUACAGAGGUGCCAUUUUCAGUUUUUCUCUUUCUACCGGUGACGUCAUUAGGCUUAGGAUUUGAGCUGAAUAGCAGUCCACAAAAAAGUGCUAAAGGUUUUUGUCUCUUCAUUCAGUUGCCCAGUGGGGAACUGAACUCAGUAGAGCAGCAUUUUAUUCACAGGGCUGACGCCAAUAAGCAUUCCUGAUCAAUAUGUUAGAGGGAGGUUGCAGUGAGAGGUCUCUCUGCUGAGCAUGCAUGCCACUCUCCUGGGAUCUCUGAACAAAAACUCACAGUCAGAUCUAUUUACUUACACUAAGCGAAACAAAAAUUAGAACUGUUGCCCUAAAGAACUGACAUUUCAAAAACUGUGCGUCCAAGAGUGAGAGUUGAUGGUGAAAAAAGAGAGACCGUUAACGUUCAAAGAUUUUCUUCUACAAAGCAAUAAUCUACCCUGGGGAACAGCUUUGUGAGUAUGGUCCCUGACUUGGAGUUUCAAAAGAAAAAGUUAAAUGUUGCAGUCUUUACAGGAAAACCCUCUUUGUCUCCCAUGAAGCUGACCUUUUUGCCUCUGAUGACCAUAACCUUUCACGGUAGGAAGACUCUGCUUGCAGUAUACUAUUCUACCAUACACUCUCUUAUUCCACUUAAUAAAAAAACAAAACAAAACAUGAAAUAUUGCAAAAAAUAUGAAGUAAAUAAGCUUUGUAUUCAAAGGAUUACCCUAAAAGAUUGACUUUAUAAAGAAUUAUUCCACAUUCCCAAGUUGGUGUUACGGGUACACUGCUUAAAAAAGCAUCAAGUGCUCCUCUUUUAUCUCUUUCCCACAUAAAAAUAUACCUUUAAUGAUGAGUUUUGACACCUCAAUAUACAGUAAAGAUGUGGUUUGGCCACCAUUAGAAUAGUUUCCAGGUUCUUGCAAGGGUAGCUGCAAAAGGAGAGAUCACCCUAACCACUUACUCCUAAGGCAGGCCUGAAAUAUGAGAAAAACUACUCGGUUCAGAAAAGAGCUACGAGCGUUACUCCUAGCAGGCUGUCAAGGGGUAAAGACUUAUUGUACAGCUGGUCACUGCAAAACCCCCAUUUCAAAAAUUCGCCCCAAUAAUGUUGCAGGAAUAAUGACAACUUGCCAUGGCACAUGCUUCUUUCUGGUCUUUGACCCAGAUAAGGUUUUUUUAAAAAAAAAAAAAACUAGAACACCUCACAACUAAUUUAGAAAAAGUGAAAUGGGAAGGUGUAUGUGUGAUCUUUUACUGUUUCACUCUGUCAAAGAAUUCAUGAGAAAACAGUUAAAUAAUUUAAGCCAUCUCUUAACAUAAAACUGCAAAUUACAAAGAUCUCAGUAAAAGGGGCAUAUAUCAGUUCAAAUUAGGAUUUGAUCAUUUAAGGAACAUAAUAUUAUUAAAGGAUUAAGCAAUAAUGCCAAUUCACCCAUUACAGGGUGAAAUCCCUCAGGUAGUUAAAAAUCCCCUUGGGUGGAUGACAUUUACCAUAAGUUUCUCAAGGCUCUGAAUGUUUUAGGGUUGUCCUGGUUCACAUGCUGCUGCAACACUGUGUGGAGUUCAAGACAGUUUCAAAAAAGGGGUGCGUGUUUUAACUUCAGGGAGAUAAUGUCCCUUUCUUCCUGCCAAGGUCUAUUCCAGGGUACUAGAAAAGAAGAGUCUACCUAUUAGCUGUGCUUCAGAUUGGCCAGGGAACAAUGAUCCAGCUCUUAGCUGAAUCACACAUAGACUGCUCAAACAGUCUACAUGAGCUUUUAGGACUUGGCGAGGGCAUUUGAUCAUGUCCCUCAGGGUGUCCUGUGCUUCAGGGCAUUGCUUACAAGCUGUUCUCUUCCUGCACAAUCAUAGGUUUCUAUUGCUAGAAGUAAGUCGGUCCGGUUGCCACUGUACUCUGCCAGAGGUGCCCUUUUUCAUUGAUUCUGUUCAUAACUUUUAUGGAUUAUGUUCAUAGCUUUUACAGACAGAAUUAUGAAAAGAAUUUCUCAGUGCAGCCAAGGGGUGGAAGGUGUGGAAUGCCUCCAGUUUGGGGGUCGGGAUCACAGCGUUGCUCUUUGUGGAUAAUGUGGUCAAGCUGGGUUUAUUCUUCUUUGACCUUCAGCUCAUGAAGCCAAAUUUAUAGCCAGGUGUGAUGUUGUGUGAUUGGGAGUAAGCACUGCCAAGUCUUAGCCAAUGGUUCACAGCUGGAGAAAGCUGGAGUGGGGAACCUGGAGUGUUUUGUUGUCUUGUUUAAGACUGGUAGGAGAGUGGAGCUGGAAAAGGAUUGACUAGUGGACCAUCUGAAGUGAUGUGGACUAUACUAUACUGUUAUACUAUACUAUAAGCAUGAAGGUGAAGUUGCCACAAGCUGUGGGCAGUGACUGUAAGCAUAAAAAUGUAGAUACAAAUGACAUUAAUAACCUUCCUCUGAAGACUGUUUGGGCUCAGUCUCAGAGACAGAUUUCCUACUAGUAGCAGUUGCACGGGAAAAUCCAAUUCCAAAAAUCUCUGCUGUUUUCACUAAGAGAAGACCCCAGGAAGAUCAACAACACACUGGAGCAACUUUAUUUGAUCUGGUUGGAGAACACGCAGAGGGCUAGAGAACGUGUGUCUCUGAGAAGAAGGUCUAGAUAUCUGUACUUAGGUUGCCACCUUCAAAACGGAUGAAUGGAAGGAUGGAUGGGCGGACAGACUAUGGAGAGAUCUGCAUUUAAUGGGCAAGCAAAAACGUAAAUACUGACUGAUCUUUUGACAGAUUUGUCUGCAGUGGGAAGAAUAUAAUGAGCUCAGUUACUUUCAAAAGCCAUUGUCAUUAAACACAGCUUGUUGCUGCAUACAUAUCAAAGGGUUAAAACCUUUCCAUACAAAGAAAAAAAAAUAUAGAUUGGGCCAAUAGAUGGAGGCCCUAAUACUUUUAAGAUUGACUUUUUUGAAAGAGAAUGCUUUACAAAUAGAAUUAGAAAAUUCUUUGACAAAUACAGCUUACUUCAAAAUAAGAGGACAGGGACUGUCUAGCUUGUAAUCUGUGCACAAUUCAUAAGCUAGACUCCACAAAGGUAUGAGAAAGUGUUAGUGCACAUGGUAUGGGUAACACACAGUCUUUGAAGGGACCAGAAAUCAUCACCUUCAGGGAAGGCCUCAUUUGUUUUAGCACGGCAAUGUCAAAGCACAUUCUGUAGUGAGGAGUCUGGCUGCUAAAGUGGCCUGCCUGCCUGCAGACCAGACCUGCCACCAAAUGAAAACAUAUGGCACAAUAUUCAACAAAAUCAGAUAACAGAAGGUCCAAACAGAAAUCAAGCACUGGUCUCCUCAGUCCUCUAAUUUUACAGUAAGUCAUAUAACUGAAAAUGUCCCAUCUUUUAAGAUCGCUGGCAUCAUAUUCAAAAUCAGCAUAUCUUAAAAAAAGACAAGCACUGCAAGCUCUGUACUAGUUUCAAUUAAAUGUAGGGUUUUAAUUGAUUUAUAGUUGUUUGCAUUCUAUUUUUAACAUUUUACACAACACCACAACUGUUUUAUAUAUGAGUUAAUAUAUUAUUAAUGACAGAGAUUACUAACAUCCAUAAAAGCUUCUCUGUUUCUGUGCCCCUUUGUAACAUUUACUGCAUAGUGCACUAGUUGGUAGAAUUACAGCUUGGUGGAAGCUUUAAUUACCUUAAGGCUUAUGUUGCAUACGUACAUAUAAUAAGAAUAAUUUUUGAGUUACAUUCAUUUGUUUUGGUGUUAUUAAUGUUUUCCUUUGUCUUGCUCUGGCUCAGUUAAUCCUAAAUACCUGUGAAGACAGAGGAGCUGAAGACAGAUCAAUGGCUCACUCCCCAAAGCAGUGGCUGCCAUUUUCCUGCUAGACUGUGGACCAACAGGUCAUCACAGCCAUUAGCAUAAACAAACAAAGCUAUGCCACCACACAGGCAAGACAUCAAUUACAGGAAAACAAACUAAGCCCUUAUUUUGAUGCCUAUACACCUGCCAGAUAUUACAAUGCGAAAAGAAUUUUUCUUCUUUUCCACUCUACAGGUUUUAUAAGUCAUAUCUGCAAUGAAAUCACUUUUUCAAAUAUAGACCUGUUUGGCACAGGCAUAGAAUACAUUAUCAUUGGGGACAGAUUUUAGAUUUUUGAGCAAAACAUUAGCAACGUCUCUUUUGCCAACAGGCUCAUUAUUCAUCUCUAAUAGGACAGAGCUUUGUCCUCGGUUCUCUGUAGGACAAGGGUGGGAGGCAUCCAAAGGUUAUGAAAACCUGAGCACACUGAUGCCAAAUCAUCUGCCUACCAGGAAGUUCAUUUUAUGAUGCCACCAGACACAAAAACAGAUGAUGUGUGUUUGUGUAUGUCUGCGUGCAUGUGUGUCUCCUGUCUGUAUCUUCACUGCCUUUAUGUCUACACACUCUCUGAGGAGAUGCAUGGUAUUUUCUAAAUUACACCUAACAUACAAUUUUAUAUUUCCCUGUCAUAGCAAUUAAUGGGGAUCAAUACAAAUAGACACAGCACAUCCCUCUGGAAGUCAUUUGGCCAGACUAGUCCAUAAGACAAGAUUAAACAAAAUCUCCUUCAGAAGGCUGCAAAGUGAGUCAUGCCAUCUGUAUUUUGACAUUAGCAGUGGGCAUGCAUUAGUUCAAAUCCCUGAUCAAUUUUCUAAUGAUAGCCAGCGGGACACUGUUGAAUGACUGACAAAUAAUGUGAGGAAAAAAAGACUUUAAAAGGUCAUUAUGGUAGAAAUAUACAUGGGCCACAGUUUCCUUACACACCCUUCAUUUAUAAUUACCACACUUUAUUCUCACUGGCCUUUGUCUCCAUCAGUGAGCACAGGAAAACAGAUGACAGAUCUGUGUUUUCUCUGCUGAUUGGUAAGGGUCCAUGAAGCGGAGAGCUCAAUGCAGUCUCACUGAUUACUAUGGAUUGGCUAACAGCCGGGGCUACCUAAGGUUGAUUUGUUUCAUCUUUGUGCCAUUGAUAUCCUGCCACUACAAGAGCAAACUAUUUCUAUUGUAUCUCCCUCUUUUUUUUCUUUACCUGCAAUCUCCUUCCAUUGCACACACCAUUUUCUAUUUGUGGCAAUUGUGGAUUUUAGUCACAUCAAGCAUCUUCUAGUGACUGACAAAAAGAUGGGAUGAUAAUUUUGCAUCUCAGUUUCUGGUCAAACUAGUACAAAGUUUUUUUGUCAAUGAGUAGAGGAUUAUGGUCUCCAACCAAUAUUUAAAACACUUGGAAAUCAAAGUCAGGCUAAGAACACAACACUCCUGAUGAACCAGGGUGAGCAGCAGCGGAGCAAUGUUAUCUACUGUACUGGACAGUUUGCACAUUGUUACAUGGCUCAGUUUUUCUACAUAUAUAGGGGAAUGCUGCUCUUAUGCACACAGAAAUACCAGUAGUAUUAGGCUGCAGGAUCUAUAGUGCCAUGGUCAACCAAAAACCAAUACCACCAUCUGAAGGAUGGCCGAACAAGGCCAUGUUAACCAUCAAGUACCAUCUGAUUGGAAUCAGGGAAUGAUUAAUGAGCAGCCAUUCAGGAGUAAUAGAUAAGAUACACCUUCACAGGUGAUGAAGGACAGGGCCUGUGGCCAUGAGGGAGGAUUUGGGUGAUUCUUGGGAUGAAACAGUGCCUUCAGAUGACUUGGCACACUUUAAUUAAAGUUAAUGAGAGUCACUUUUGCAUACACCAUGCCAUUAUGAUUUAUCAGGAUGAUAUAUAUGUAAUAAAAAACAAUGGAAGGUCAAAGGAGCCCAAUUAUUAUUCUAUGAUACGUCAAAGAGAAGAUAACUAUAUGGCCUUGAUCAAGUAAAGAUACCCAAUAAAUUCUAGAGUUUGUACUAGAUUAUGGGUAGGAAACACUAUAUUAAUGUGCACCCUAGAAACAAACUCAAAUCAAGUGACUUUUUGUCACUAUCACUCUUACUUUGGCAAGGUGGCAAACUGUCCUUUUAUCAUCUGUGAUAUGGGAAAAAAAGUAAAAUUAAGUGUCUAAUUCAACAGUCAUUUUUACAGGAUGCAGUUACAACAUUGCUUCAGUUAACUGAGGUUUGUGGGCAUUUGUUUACAGUAUGUACCGCUCCCUUUAGAUCCCACCACGGCAUUUCAAUUUGGUUGAGGUCUGGACUUUUGAUGGGCCACUGCAACACCUUGAUUCUCUUCUUUUUUCAGCCAUUCUGUUGUAGAUUUUGUGCUGUGCUCAUCUUCCUGUUGCACGAUCCAAUUUGACUAAGUUGAAGUUGUGGGACAGAUGGUCUCAUGUUUCAUUCUAGAAUACUGAUUGCAAGGCGCCCAAGGCCCUGUGGCUGAAAAACAAGCCCAAAACAUCAUCUCCCCUCCACCUACUGACAGUUGAAAUGAGGCAUGUUUGCCGAUCUGUUGUGGUUUGGUUUUUGAAAGAGAGUUGCAGCCAAACAUCUCUUGCCCGUCCACAGGACAUUGAGCCUCAUUUACUAAUAUCUGCGUGGAAACGUUUUUACCCUGCACAGAAAAUGGUUUGAGAAAAUGAGAAAAGUGUAUACCAGUCUAUUUUGUUCUCACCACCAUGCAUAUGUUAGCAAAUCUGAAUUGUUGGAACCAAUAGCAUGUGGAAUUUCCAUACAAUUUGCUAACUAUCCGCAUGCUGUCCUGCCCCAAUUUCUCUAUAUAAGGAAAUGCAUACCUCCUGGUAAAGCUGAGAAACUGGUGAUGAUGUUGUAAGAAAGAAGACUGCACAUCUAAGGCAAGUAAUAAGGAGACAGUCUGACGGUAGAAAAUUGAAUAAUAUUGUCUGAGGUCCAAGGAGGAAGCCAGAAGAGGCACAAGUUUCCAAAGUAUCUCCACAGGAAUGGAAACAAAACAAAAUUAAUAAAUAGAAACUUUCAGGCUAAAAUAACAGGAGUGCUGAAUAUCAUUUCCCCUUAGAGACUCAAUCUCAAGUUUUAAAAAACUGAAUCAAAGAUGAUAUGAAAAACACUAACAGACUAAAAGAAAAAGAAGAAUAUAGGUAAAGGACAAGGGUCAUGCAGUCUGUUAUCUCUGUUAGCUCCACAUGAGAAACUCCAUGCAAUAAAAAAAAAAAAAAGAAAAAUGAAAUAAAAAUCCAGAUUCUCAAGCAUCCAUGGGAUGAAGCCAAAAAAUUAUACCAUAGAUAACAACAUCUAGCAAUGACAGUCAUUUUUACAUGUAAGAUACAAUGAUAUGAGAUAUGGAAUAACAGAAUAUGUUUAAACUGACUGACUGGGGCUGCAAUGCAAACACUGCACACUAGUCAAGCAAGAUAAAGAGAUGGUAAAGAGAGAGCUUAGCAUUAAAGAGAAGUGUUUGAUGUUCCACCAGAUAAGCUUCAGGAAGUUGCUGGGGAGAGGGUCAUUUGGGCUUCUGGGCUUAUGCUGCUGCCCUCACAACCUGGUCCCAGAUAAGCGGGAAAAAAUGGACCGAGGGAGGUUAAAGCCUACACCUUUCCGUUUAGUAUUUUGUUUUCCUUACGUGCAUUUUUUAUUGUAAUUCUGAGCAUUUUGUGGCUUAUGAUGCUUUGCAAAACUGUAAAUGAUGAUCAAAAAGCAAAAUUAAGUAUAAUUAUGCAAAAAUAUUUAAAAACUAAUUUUUCUGUGAAACACUUGCACACUUGUGCAUACCCACCGUUAGUAAAGGAGGCCCGUUGUUCCUAAAGUUUUGUGGUUUGUUCAAAUGCAACUUUGAAAACUGAAGUUAUCUUUUUAGAGAAAAGGCUUUUCCCCCACUAACCCUUCGAAACAACCUAUACCUGUUCAGUCUUUUUCUACUUGUACUUCAACUGCGUGAAUUUGCUGACACGUCCACUUGUGGGAAGAUUUUGGCAUUGAUCUAAUACACACCUGAAUAUUCCAGACAAUUAAAUUGUUUUUAUAAAGGCGGUCAUACCAGUUAUUAAAGACUAAAUCAAGUGCAUUUAAUUAACAGUAUCUGGCAGCUACUUAACCUCCUAAUUCCUAUAGAAGCUUAAAGGGUGUAUUUAGUUCUCAUGUUACUGCAUAGAGUCAAAAGCUAACGAAAAAUGAUCAUUGCUACAACUGCUCCAUCUGGUGAAAGACAAAUACCAAACAGAUGGAUAUAAUUUCAUUAUGUAAUGCACUUGACAAUAAUUGAUCAGCACACCCAGGCUAAAGACAGAAAGUUACCAUUUUCAUCACAUUACCUGAGUGAUAAUUGGAAUAUCUCCCAAUGUGAAUUUAAAAUGUGGCAUGACCGAGCAAGGCAGAGGAGUGCAGAAUCAUUGCCGAGGCAAUUUUUGAAAGCCAGUUGAAAAAAAAAAAGACAGAGAGAAAUGAUUGUAGCUGAAAAACUAUGAGUCCUCAAAUUGAACCACCAUAGAAAUAUAACCUUGUUGCAUACUGCAUUAAAUUGCACACAAAUGAUGUGUGUAAUGACAUGCUCAGCUGAGCGAGGAAUACAUCAAGAGACAAUUGAAUUGGUCCAGAAAAAUACACAAUUACAGGAAACAUUACUGACAGACUGCGGGAAUGGGAGAUGCAUGUUGCACGGAACCCCAUGAACACAAAACAGAUAUUACCAAGUUCCUACUAAACUACGGGAGGGAAAGAAUAAUUUAGAGAAAUCCAUUGUUAAUUGAGUAUCAGUCUGAAAUACUACCUAAGUGCAGGUCUGUGCAUAUAGAUCUAAUUCUGACAGCGCAUGGAAGUCAAGUAAAAGCAGCAGCAGUCUUUUCUAGACAGCUCUGGUUUGGCAGUCUGUCAGCAUUUCCAUGAGAUCUUACAGGUAAAGGCCAAGAAGGCAGGGAAUUGCUGACAGUUUAGCACAGCAAGACCAACAAAUAAGAGUUAAAUGAUGAUAAGACAGGUGCAAUGUAUACGACAAGUCCCCAAGUGCCCCUUAUUUCACCUUACAAAGGGCUUUCCCAGUCUCUCAUAUUUAGUACUUUCUCCACAGUCCACACCCUAUACUCUCUCCCCCUCUCUCUCACACUAACACACACACACAAUUACGUCCCUCUGUUCAUUCUCUCCGCUAUCCUGCGCUCCUCUGGCUGUAAUGAGCUCUCCACUCUAGCCCAGGAGGCUCUAACUGAGGUCUUCAUCAAAAACGCAGAUAUUUUAAAGGUGGCAAGGACAGGUAAGAGUCAUUCUUUUGCAGUUCCAUUGUGGAGCAGAAGGGAGGGGGAGAAAGCUAGAGUUCAGCUGUGCUACAAGACCAUGUACCAUAGACUGAUUCCUGCCUUCUGUUUGCAAAAAUGAGAGUGGACCUUGUAAAAAGGCUCUGAUUGCAAUAAUUACAACUGUACUUAAUGAGAAGAAUCUUUUAGCAUUUUAACAGCUUCCCCUUUACUCAAACUAUAAAGUGGGUCACCAGACGGAGAGAAGUGCCUGCAUGUUGUGUUACGCUGCUGUGCAUUUCCAAUACAUUAUAGCAGUGAUCACUCUGAAAUGACUGCAAUUAGUCAAAUGUCAGGCUUGGUUUGUCAGUGAGCCACCAUGAGUGCACAAAGUAGCUCAGAGGUAUGUCAAAAGAUUAAUAGCUGAGGGAUUUUAUUAAAUAAGGUGCUAGAAGGAAACUGAAGGAAUAAACAAAAUUAAUUACAACUUCUGUGCUUUCCUGUAAGUUUAGUCCAUAAUUAAGCACAUAGAAUUUUUUUUUUUUCUACCAGGCUCAGCCAAUUAUUUUGUUGGCCUGCCAUAUUUUACAGUCAUAACUCAUUAAAGCUCAUUGCUACUCUUAUAUUACCAUGCAAUUAUUGUUAUAUUUACUGGACAAAAAAAAUAGUUACUGUUAGAUUACAAAGGUGAAUAAAACACACAAAACAGUAAAAAUACCCAACAUUUCUUGAGCUGUAAAAUUGGAUAGGUCUUAGCAUUCAUCGGGCUACUUCUAUCAACAAGUCACAUCAUCAGAUUGCUGAUUUAGCCAGUCCUAAUGAUUUUGCUAUAGCUCUGAUAAGUUUCAUUUUAAUUUGAGACCAAUGAUAACUACUUGCGAUCAUUUGCAUUAGCAUGUUUUUUGGAUGUCAUAUUCAGAAUUCCAGUUCAUCCUGCUACUUCUAUCAGUAACUUACAUCAUCAAUAAACACCACUGAGCCGGUUCCAGCAAUACAUGCCAUAACAUUGCCUCCCCCAUGUUUAAUGAUGGGGUUUUCUGUUAUGAGGUUGUACUUCAGAUCACGGACUGUUCCAAACUCUAACCCUUUCUGUUUCUUCAUACUUUUCUAUCCCCAUCAUUUGGGUACAAGUUGAUCUUGGUUUCAUCUGUACAAAGAUCCCCUCUUAGCAAAGUCUAAUCUGCCCUUCCUGUUCUUGAGUCUAACCAGUGGUUUGCAACUUGUUAACCCUUUGCACUUACAUAAAUGAAGGCUUCUCUUGAUUGCAGACUGUGACAAUGAAACUCGUAUCUUCUUGACAGUUUUUUUUGUCUUGACUAGAUUUUGAGAAGGAUUUUUCUUGACCAAGGGCAGAAUUCUGCAAUCCAUUUUAGCUGUCUCCUGUGCUCUUUCGGGUAUGUUGUUGUUAAUAAGCUGACCAGUGCAUUCCGUCUCUUAACUGAUUUAGCCAAUCCUAAUGUUUUUGCUGAUAGGUUUCAUUUUAAUUUUAGACCAGUGACAACCACUUGCGAUCAACUUGCAUUAGCAUCUUUUUUGGAUGUCAUAUUCAGAAUUCCAGUCAACAGCUACCAUGUGCAAGUUCAAAACUUAGAAUGAACUCUGAAUUAUAAUAGAAUAUGAUUCACCUGCCCAUAAAAUUGCUUGUCAGUCAAAUGUCCUAUUAUUUUUGAGCCUUGUUAAAUGGCUCUAAUUCCAAAGCAGUUAAUGCAAAUCUUUCAAUCAAACCUGAUUGUAUGAUUGCUAAUGUACAAAGUCAAAAUCAAUAAAAAAUGAAUUAUGUUGAAAAUACAUCUGGCCGUAAUUAUAGAUACUAAUUUGAAAUUAUUAAAUAAAUUAAAUUUUAAACAUUUAAAAGAAAUGUUAAAUAAAACGGAAUAAGUGAUGUAGCACAAGUGGUGAUCUGCCAAGCUGCAUCAUAAACAAAGAUCUACUGCUUUUCUAUUAAAAUUGAUCCUAAGGAAGCAAUAGGCUUGUAAUGCAACUUGGAUAAAAAGCAAUCAGUCGGAAGUUUGAAGUUAUGGCAUCUUGGCCUUGUCCAGCUGGCCAAUCAAUGUUCUCUUUUGCUUGUGUCCUCAGUGCAUCACCAUGGACUAUAAAGCCUAGAAAGCCAGCUGUAAAAUAGCUGUGUGGGCCCUUUGCUGGCCUGGUGUUUGGCAAUCUGGCAAGAGUUUCUGGCAUCCUUGCAGUCAAACCAGGACAUUAAGAGCAUGUAAAAUGUAAAUCUUGCAGCUGACAGACUUAUCUCUGCUGUCUCCAGACUGAAUUUACCACCUUGCACAGAGCUAUAAAAAGCUAGCUGUAUCAACAUCUUAUUCCCAAGGAAAAUUUACAAAUUAUGAAUACCUUUUCGCAUACGCUAGUAGUGGGUGCUCUGUAGGUUUCAGCACUAUCUAUAUUUUCAUACAUUCAUAUCUAAACGACAUUUCACCAGGGUAUAUAGCAGCAAAAAAUAAGAGUAAAGGAAAACGUAAAAGCUAAGAUACUGAUUGGUUUUAUGCACUGCUCAGCUCAUAUUAGUUCACGUAUGUUCACUCUUUGCUAUAGAUGAACAAGGUAGAGCCUUAUUGAUGAUCCCCUGGCUAGUAAAGCCUAAUUUGUUUUCAAGCUUGAUCCAAGGUGGUUUAACAUUAAUUGAAGAAUCUGAUUUACAGAGUCUCCUGAUCUGAAAACGUGUUGUUAUUAUGCAACUCCUGCUGAGUAUAGCAACUUUUGUAGCACAAAUCCUGACAUAAUAAGCAUCCUCAGACUACUGAAGGAACUACUACACUUCUUACUGCAAGAGAUAGGGCACAAGUGGCCUGGCCAGAUAUGAUAUGCAAAUGCUGGUGCUAACAAAUCGUUUUUACAUUAACCCAAAUAUACUCCAAAACCGGGUCAGAGGUCUUUUUUUCCUGUUUCAUGAGUCCUGUUAUCUUGUCCAUACCAUUCACAGUUGAAUACCUGCAUUGCACUAUAAUAAAUCACUUCAAUACAGCUUCUUAGCUAAUCAGUUUCAACUAUAAGCUUAAUUAACUAAAUAGUCUGUUAUGCAGUAAUAACUGUCAAAGGUUUCUACCCCCAAUACUACAGUUCAGCAAAUGAGCAUAAGAAAAGUCUUCCAUUAAGACAAAAGUUCUAGUCUGAAUUGUAAUGUUGCCUCUGUAGAAUAGAA